GGUUCAAUUCAUGUAGUGUUUAGUGUCAGUGACGAUAAAUAUAGUAGAGACAAGCAAAACAGAUGCACUAAACAAACAUACAGAACAACAACAUUCAGCAUUAGCACAACAUUAUCAUGUGGGAUUACAAAAGACUGGAAAUUUCAGCAGUUGUUUAUGAGUGUGUGAGCAGGAAUGAGCUUCAGGACAAGAACAGAGAAACUUUGGAGAUAAUGCUGGAUAUCAGUGAGAGUGUGAGAGAUCAAGACUUCAGAACAAACACAUAUCAACCACUUCAGCAAACAGGUAGUGAUCGUACGAAGAAGAAGAUCUUCAGAGCGUGUUUGGUGCUGCUGUGUUUUCUACUGCUGACUGCAGUCAUAGUGCUGAGUGUCUACAUUUACACAAACAACACAAACUACACACAAGAGAGAAACCAGUUACUAAACAAGAUCAUAGCUUCCAAAACAGAAAACGAUCAGUUAGAGAAUCAGAACCAAAUCCUGAAAAAUGAAAAGAAAGAAUUAUUAUCCAAGAAUCAUGAUCUAAUAAAACAAGGAGAGCGGUUACAGCGAGAGAAAAAUGACCUGCAAAAGUGUGUUCAUGAACUGGAUGGAUGGUUUAACUAUCAGUCCAGUUUUUACUUCAUUUCCUCUGAGGACAAGAGCUGGUCUGAGAGCAGAAGAUACUGUAGAGACGGAGGAGCUGAUCUGAUCAUCAUAAACAACAAAGAAGAACAAGAUCUUGUUAAGAAAAUAUCUGGUGGUGCUAAUCUCUGGAUUGUUCUGACUGAGAGUGAUGAAGAGGGCAGAUGGAAAUGGGUUGAUGGCACUAAUGCUGAUCUGUUGCACAGGUUCUGGUCUCAUCCAGAACCCAGUGGAGGUAAAGAAGAGAACUGUGCUGUGUCUCGUUCAUCAGGAUGGGGGGGGGGGGAUUAUCCAUGUUUUUAUCCUCUUCAAUGGAUCUAUGAGAAGAAGAGCACUUUAAAAUGUCAUUAA